GGGUUUGGUGGCGGCGACGGUGGCCGAGGGAGUGAAGAUUGGCCGAACGGAAUAGGUGAACCGGAUCGGCGGCGAUUGGCCGACACUAGAACGAUGCCCUCUCGCGCACCGCACGGUCGUGCCACUGUAUUUUUCGGCGUCGUUCGCGUUUUCGUUCGCCCGUCGUUGUGUUUUCGUUCGUCCCGCACCAAAACGCGAACAUUAUUCACCGCCCCACGAAUAUAAUAAAGUCAUUAUAAUAUUGUUAUUGUUUUUGUUCAACGAAAAUCAACAAAAAUUGCGCAAAAAUCGUUUUAAAUAUAUAUUAAUAUUAACUAUUAAGUACCUAAUAUUGAUAGUUUAAUGAUAAUACACAUAUUGUUACAAAAUUGUUAGUGUUAAGUGAAUAAUCUCUAAUAAAAACGCAUCUGUGUUACUAGUGUAAGUUUGACAAAUAUCUUAAUCUCUGUGGAAUAUUGGAUAUACCAGUCUGAAGACUUGGUAUAUGCAUCAAUUUGCCAAAGAAUAAACAGUUGUAAGCCUAAUGGUUAUAAUAUGUGUAUCUGAUAUAAAUGAUUCAAGCGCUGUACAAAAAGAGGAGGAAUUAAAGACAAACAGAAAUAAGAGCUUGAUGGAUGAUAAUAUUGUGUGUGCCACAACUGUUACCUUACCAUCCAACUUAAGUUGUGGUAAAGCCUUGUCUUUAAGUACAGAAUGGUGUAAUGUCAUUGAUAAGGCUGAUCACUUUGCUGAAACAGCAAGAAAUAAGAUUAACGGGGUGGUAGUUGGAGGAGGAGCUGGCUCCCUCUGCCAUUCCCGACAAUCAUCACCAUCGCUUGUAUUGCAUUUGCCCACCAUCCCCCUAAAUUGGUCUGUGAUAUCCAGCUCAACAUUUAGAUUUACUAGAGAUCCUCCGUCCCAUCAACAAACACAGGAUUUGUAUGGUACGAUGGUAACUGCCAGUGACGUUGAUAGUUCUACAAGGGGGAGAACUGGAAGACGAACCUUGCUGGCUUGCUACUCUGGUGCUCACAUUAAAGAUGUUACUACUACUAUUAGUUUUAGGGUUAAGUCUAAUUGUUCAACAAGUGAUAAUGACAGUGAUGAUCAAAGCGCAAUGUACAAAACCAUUCCAUUUAACAAACUUUAUGUUGAUCCGAUCGCACAGUACAAACGAAAUUGGGGUAUUUCCACUAUAUGUCGUUUGUUGGGAGGUGGUGAAACAACUCUAGCAUCUGGUAACGGCACAGCUACAGCUGGUUGGGGAAAUCCAGGCACUACAGCAGUACCUGCAUCUGUCACUGGUACUUCAAACUGGAAUACAAGUCCACUUGUUGAUGGUCAAUCUCCACCAAAUGCUGUCUCUAAUGGCCCUUGGCAACAAAGCCCACAGUCCUCUAGUACCAGCUCAAAUAAUACUAGUCAAACAUCUAACAUAGGUAAUAAAGGACAAAGUUCAAACCCUGGAUCAUCAAGCGGCAAUGGUACUAUAUCUACAUCACAGACCACUAAUCAACAAAAUACUACAUCAUGGGCUCAGGCAGCUGGAAAAAAUCUACCUGCCUCUUCAGUACCUCAGGUUACUGGUAAUUCAUCAUCAACAACUACAACAGCUAGCACUACUUCUGGUGCAGUUUCUAAUCCUCAAUCUAGUAAUUCACCUCCAACAAAUGGUGGGAAUGGAGCUGUUAACUCUUCAACUAAACAACAAUUGGAACAAAUAAAUACAAUGCGAGAAGCUUUAUAUGCUCAAGAUGGAUGGGGUGGCCAACACGUUAAUCAAGACAGUCAAUGGGAUGUUCCACAUAGUCCAGAACCUAAUACCAAGGACGGACCAUUAACUGGAUUAACUGGUGGUCCUGGAUGGAGCAAAGUCAAUAAUGGUACAGAUUUGUGGGAAGCAACUUUACGAAAUGGUGGACAACCUCCAAUACAAAUUCCAGUACAAAAUACAUCUAAAACCCCUUGGGGACAUACUCCAGCAUCCAAUAUUGGUGGUACUUGGGGUGAAGAUGAUGAUGUUAGUAGUGUAAGUGGAACAGAGGCAAAUACUGGUAACUGGGGCAUAAAUCCAACUACUACUAUGAGCAAUCAGUGGGGUCAAGGACAACCGCCUCCACAAGGACCUGGUGGUCCAAUGUGGGGUGGGCCCCCUAAGAAAGACAUUGGACCCGAAGGUCAAUCCUGGAAUUCUGGCAACACUGCAUGGAAUGAUCUCAAUCGGCCACCAGGAUCUAUUGAUCAGGGUCCUCAUCGUCGUGAUAUCUUACCGAACGGAAUUGUAGACCAUAGCAGAGGAAUUGGUAGUGAUGCUCGUGGUGGUAUAAGUGGUCGUUUAAAUGGUACUUUAUCUGGUGGUGGUGCUGGUAUGGAACCUAUGUGGGGUGGACCACCACCACAUCACAUGCAGCAUCAUGUUCAACCUCCAUCAGUUGGACCACCACCUUCAGUUAUAGCCACACCAGGUGCAAAACUUGGACAAGGACCUGUGCCAGUAAUUAAUCAGUGGUCAGGACCACCACCACCCAAAGAUUUAAUUCCUAUGAAUAACAACAACAAAGGAAAUGGAUGGGAAGAACCAUCGCCCACAGAUCACAGGCGCAAUUUAUUAAAUUAUGAUGAUGGCACAUCUUUAUGGGGAAAUUCUCAAACUAGGCCCAAUGUGCCUGGCGGUGGUUUACUGAGCACUCAACACAAUAUGAGUAAACAUUGGGGCAAAGGUGAUAUGGCUGCUGCAGUAGCUGCUGCAGCUGGUCGAAAUAAUAAUGGUUCUGGUAACAUGGGUAACCAAUGCCCUCCAGGCGUUCCUCCAAAUAGGACAGGUAUGCCACCUACUAGUAAAAUGGUUGAUCAACAACAAUUAUGGCCUGGAAAUCCAAGAAAUGGAACAUGGGGCGAUGUUGGUGGAGGAAGUCAACAUGAUUUGAAUGUUGCUGGUCCUUGGGGUGACGAUAAAAUGGGUUUGACUGGAAAUGCUGGUGGUCCUUGGCCUAAUUCUGAGUGGGGACCCGGUCCUAAAUCAAAAAAUGCAUGGGGUGACUGUGGUAACAAUGAUAUGGAUCAAAGUUCUUGGGGACAGAAGAAUAUUGGACAAAAGAAUCAAAAUAAAGACUAUAUAUGGCAAAGUAAAUCAUACAGAAUUCUUGCAGAAAUGGGAGUCAAGAAAGAGGAUGUUGAAUCAGUUACACGUUCUUAUAAUAUUAGUAUGGAAGAAGCAUUAGAGUUCUUGAUGUCUACUAGAGGUCCUGGUGGAGGAGGAGGUUUAGAUUCAUGGAAUUCACAUAGUGGUCGUGGUCAACACCCAGAUGAUCAAAAUCCAUUUGAUCGAUCUAAUAUUAAUCAACAAAGAUUCAAUUCACAACAACUUCCUUUUGCUGUGCCAUCUAUUGGAAAUAACUCUAACCAACAACAACAAGCCAUGCUUCAGAAAAUAUUAGCCCAACAGCAGCCACCUGCACAACAAAAUACAAUGCAACAACAAUAUUCUCAGGGUGGUGGUUCAAGGCAAAUGCAAAAUCAACCUACUGCACAACAGUUAAGAAUGCUAGUGCAACAAAUUCAAAUGGCUGUGCAGGCUGGAUAUUUAAAUCAUCAAAUACUAAAUCAGCCAUUGGCACCACAGACAUUAAUUAUGCUUAAUCAGUUAUUGCAACAGAUCAAAAUUUUGCAACAAAAUGUUCAAAUACAAGCAGCCGUUGCUAAUAAUCCCAAAUCUGGCUCAGCCAUGGUGACAGCUGCAAUAGCUAUCAAUAAGGCCCGGCAACAAAUAGCAUCACUACAAAAUCAAAUUGCUAACAAUCAAGCCAUGCAUAUGAAAGCACAAGCCCACCAAAAUCAGUCCAACUUUUCUGGUCUAUCUGGUAUAAUGGGUGGGCAGGUUGGCGAUUUCUUCAAGAAUGAUCCGUUAACACUUUUGCAGUCAGGUUUUUCUGAUUUGGCGAUGAAUAAAGAUUCUCAAAUGAGUGGACAAGGAUUCCAAACAAGUCAACAAUCAAGAUUAAACCAAUGGAAGUUACCUAAUCUAGAUAAAGAUGACUUAGGAAUGGGCAAUGACUUUAGCAGAGCACCAGGAGCCAAUUCUAAAUCUACUCCUGGAAAUACUUCUCCCACAUUCAAUUCAUUACUCAGCCAAGGAGAUGGUACUUGGACUAAUGUUGGUGCUCGUUCUGAUAGUGGAUGGCCAGACAAUGCUGAAGACAAUAAAGAUAUUUGGCCAAACAAUGGAUCAAACUCUCAGUCUAAUUCUACGUCAUCUGCGUUUACUACUGAUCUUGUGCCAGAAUUUGAACCAGGAAAACCGUGGAAGGGCAAUCAAAUGAAAAAUAUUGAAGAUGACCCUACUAUUACCCCUGGUUCAGUAGUGCGUAGUCCACUAUCAUUAGCAGCUACAAUUAAAGACUCAAAUAAUUCAGACUUGUUCAACAGUGGUGGAAAGACUUCACCAACUAAUUCUCAAUCAACAGUUGAUAUGCCAUUAACACCUUUGUCUCUUUCAUCUUCAACUUGGAGUUUUAAUCCACCUCCUUCAUCUACACAAUCAUCAUUUACUAGUCCACUAGGAAAAGUGAAUGGACCAAAAAACAAUUGGGCUGAUAGUAAUCCUGGAAAUGACCUUUGGGGUGGUGUUUUAGGAUCUAGUGGUAAGUCUCGUGGACCACCACCUGGUCUGAAUGGAGGCUCUGCUAAAGCAGGAAAUACUCCUAAUAAUGGUUGGCCUCGUUGGCCUUCCAAUAAUACUUCAUCGUGGCAAUCCUCAUCUAAUAAUGUAGCUAGUACAUGGCUAUUGCUAAGGAAUUUAACACAACAAAUUGAUGGAUCAACAUUAAAAACUCUGUGCAUUCAACAUGGACCAUUGUUGAAUUUUCAUAUGUACCUAAAUCAUGGAAUAGCAUUAGCCAAAUACUCAACUAGAGAAGAAGCUAGCAAGGCUCAAGGAGCGUUGAACAAUUGUGUACUCGGCAAUACAACAAUAUUUGCUGAAUCACCUACAGAUGCUGAAGUACAAAUGCUACUUACUCAUCUGAGUGGUGGUGGUGGCAACACAAGUGGCAACAAUUCUGCUCAACAACAACAACAGCAGCAACAACAACAGCAACCCAACUGGAAUAAUGGCCGUAAUGGAAAUAUUGGCAACUCUCAGGGCCAACAGGGUUCAGACACUUGGGCCAAUAAUCAAUUGUGGGGUGGCAACAACUCAGGACCUCCUGGUAAUACAUCCUCUCUUUGGGGGGCUGGAGCUGACCAAAUUGAUCCACACCGCACCACUCCAUCAUCUUUAAAUUCUUUUAUGCCUGGCGAUCUUUUGGGUAGUGAAACAAUGUAAAGAUAAAUAUGUGUAUAUAUAUAUAUUUAUACAUAUAAUCCUGACUUAUAACCAAGUCCAAAUAUAACGUCAUUUUUAUAAUAAGGUUUUAGAACACCAUGAACACUUAAUCGACUUAUUUAUUAAGCUUAAAACAAAUCGAGCCAAGUUUAUAUUUUAGAUAUUAUAUAAUUUUAUUCUGCUUGCCAUUCGACUCUGGGUAAUCGUUUUGGCAGCACACCUAUAAUUUUUUAAGACUUAAAUGUUUUUAUUUUAUUAAUUUAUAAUGUGAGUUCUUCUUUUAUUUUUAAUUGUAUACUACCAAAGUAAAUAAGGAUUAAAAAUUAAUUUUAAUAUUUUAGUAGUUUUGUGACUUUAGACAUUAAGACGGUUACGGGGUGUUUUUAAUUUAUGAAUGAGAUUUUUAGUGAUUAAUUUUAUCAUGUUCACCAGCUACAAUAUUAUAUAUAAAUUUCUUCCUAUGUUUUUUUUUUUUAUUAUUAAAAAAGGAAUUAAAAAUUAUGAUUAUAAAUUGUUUUAGGAUAGUGUUAAACUUAUAGGUCUAAAAAUAUUAUAUAUAUAAUAUAUAUAUAUAUAUUUAAAGUAAAAGACGAAAAGAAAAAAAAAGCAAAAAGAUUAUUGUCCAUGUUGUUAUUAUUGUUGUGUUUUAAAUUAGAUGGUUAAGUACAAAAAUAUCUUCCCUAUAAAUAUAAAAAGAAAAUUGAUAAUAAUGUAUAUGCGAAUGUGUUUGUAUAUGGGCCUUCAUGUAUUUGAAUAGAUUGUUACUAGUACAAAAACAGUAUUUCGUGUUAAAGACUUAAGCGAUGACCAACCAUAAAAUUGUUGCCUAAUUUUUUUUUUUUUUAGAUUUUAAUUUCUUAGAUUAUUUAAUGUUAGGAAAUUAUACAAUUUUACCUUUUAGCAUUUAAUGAAUUGUUGGGCAUAUCUUUAAUUCAAAUUUAUUAAUAAUAUUAUAAAGGAGUGAAUGUGAAAGAUAAAAAAAUUGGUAGACACAAUAUUCAAUUUAAAUAAAAUAUUUUAAAUCAUUUGGGGGAAAUAGCUUUCUUUUUUCUUUUUUUUGUGACUGCUUAAAUAUAAAUUAAGACUGAUUAUUUUAAAAAAAAUAUUCAUAUACACACACACAUACACAUACACAUACGCAUACAAAAUGUUGAAAUACAUUUUCGGUGAUCAUUUGUAAUUUUGUUUUUGUUUUAGCAAUGUGUUUAAGUCAGUUUAUUCUAAAUUCAAAUUAUGAAGACUUGAAAUAUAAUUUAUUGGAAAAUAAAAUUGUAAAAAAAAUAUAUAUAUAUUUAUGUUAUACAUACAAUAUUCCAAUAAAUAAUGUUUUUUUCAUGCACAAUAACAUGAUCUCUAAAUACAAUCAAUUUUGUUGCAAUACAAUAUGAAAUUUGUUAAAACGUUCAUUUAGCAAUAUUUUUUAAAAAUAAUUGAUUUAAAAUAUUUUAUGUUGCAGAACAAAAAAAAAAUGUCAAUUAGUUCUUUAAAAUUUCCCUCCCCAUCCCCUUUGGAAAAAUCACCAGUAAAAUUAGUUUAGCCGUAGAUCUCAAUAUCUGUUGGUUUAUUUUAUUAAAUAGUUUUUUUUUAAGUAUUAUAAAGUAUUGUGGGGUAAAUGUCUUUUUGGAGAAGUGACUUCCCAAAAGUACCAUUUUUAAAACACGUAUGUUGAUAAUUUUAAGACGAUCUAAAACCAAUACGCUUCAUGUGAUAAAUAAAAUUGUUAAAAGAUGCUUAUCCUUAUACUGUGAUCUAUGAAUAUGAAUUUUUUUUUAUUAUUAUUUUUAUUAUUAUUAUUAUUCUUAUUAUUAUUAUUAUUAUUAAAAUACAAUAUAAAUUAAUUUUCUUUCCGACUGACGAAUUUCAUCACCAAUUAAAAAAUUUUUGUUCUGUACUUCCAUAUAUUUUUUUUUUUCAAACGUGCCAUUAAACUACAAAUAAAUUAUUUUUACUUAAUUUUUUUGUCAUUUAAAAGAAACAUUUCUAUAAAUUGUUAACACAAUUUGUUUGAUCUCCUUUUUAGUGUUCUAUUCUCUUACACUUUUCUGUAUUCUUAUUUUUUUGGCACAUCAAUAAUAUAUACAUAUAAAUUAUAAUAAAUAAAUGUUCCAAAAAACAAAAAAAAAAAAAAAAAAUACAUGAAAAACGGACAGUGAUACUCUCCCAAUUAUUAUUAAAUUUAAGAUUGAUUGUGUUCAGAAGGCAAGUAGAUAUGUCUUCCAUAGUUAUAAAUUUAAAUUUAAUUUAAAUACAUAAGAAUCAUUAAAUGUUUUUUUUUUUUUUUUGUGGGGGAAGGGUGGUGUGAUGCACUCUGCACUAGAAUUAAGUUUUAGAUAAUUUUUAAACACACGAAAUACAUCCGUAGAUAAAUUGUCUUUGCCAAGUAAAACCAAAAAGUAAUAUUAACUAUUCAUGUUUAUUUUGUUAUUAUUAUUAUUUUUAUUUUUAUUAUUAUUAUAUUAUUAUGAUUAUAUAUAUAUAUAUUUUUUUUUUUUGCUAAAAAUUAAAACUAAAACUAAAUAACCAAAAUUGAAAGAAAAAAAUGUAAAAAAAUUAAUGUGUGGUUAAUUUUUAGUCAAUAGUUUUUUAAGCUAUAUAACAUUAUUUUUAAGAUAAUUUGUCACAAGUGUUAACUAUAUACAAAUCGUCCUUCUAUUUUAUAGACUAUUUAUAAUUAAUAAUUAUUAUAAAAAAGUUAUUUUACAUAAUGGAAUCUUUUUCUAAGAUUAGAUAUAAGUUAAGGUGUGUAUGAGAGUCGGGGUUGUGUCAGGGGUAUGUAGUAAUUAUAAAAUUAUAAUUUUGUGCUUUUGUCAGGGAGCAUUGUGAUCUUGUAUUACCACGAAAAGUCAUAGUCAAAUAAUUAUUAAUGCAUUAUACUAAUAUAUAUAUGUAUAAAUAUAUGUAUAUUAACAUUUCACUGCUCACUUAUUUGUGAUAUUAAAAAAAAAAAAAAAAAAACAAAUUCACAAAAAACCAAUUUAACACUCCUGGCAUUUUUUUUGUCUAAACUAUUAAGCAAUAAUCACUUUUAUUAAGCGGUAUGUGUGUAUGACCUAUGUAUAACAAAUACUAUAAACUUAAAAUGAAUCGCGACGACUUAUUAAAUCCUUACUUGUCCCUUACCACAUCAUCUAAUCAUUUCAAUGAGAUUACUAUGAGAACUAUUUUCCUCAGAAUUGAAUGCAUUAUACAUAUACAUAUUAAAAUGUCAGUCCCAUAUGUGAUUUUAACUUAAACAUUCGUUUUGAUUUUGAUUGUAUAUUCGGGUAUUAUAUUUCCUACUGAAUUAGUCUGACCCGUAAUCAUUCGCAAACUCUUAGCCAUUCAUGAGUGCAUUCCUAAACAUUAUAGUCCUUUGUAAGCAAUACUCAUUUUGUCCAUUUGUUUUCUUUAGUUUUUAUUUUUAUAUAAUAUAUAUGUAUAUAUAUUAUAUAUAUAUGUAUUAUAUAGAUACAUAAUUUGAUGUUAUUGAUUAUUCUUUAGUUUAUUUACAAAGUUCCUCAUGGGUGAUUACCUCAGUAGAAUUUAAAAAUUCUCAUUAAAACCUUUUUAUUCAAUUAAAUUGACCAUGUGUGUGUCAUGUGCAUUUUAUUGUAUUUUUGAAUACGACACAUUAAAGGAAUACAAAUUAAAAAAAAUAUAGCACGUUUCAUAAUCAAAAAAAAAAAUGAAUAAAUAUAAAUGAUAAUAAAAUAUGUACUAUUAAUAAUUUUUUAAAAAAAAAGUAAAGGGGGUUUCAUUGUGUUUCAUAUUUUAAGUUUUAUCCCUAUGUGUUAACUUUUCUUUACCUAUAUAUAUUCAUCAUUUUACCUAUUUGUUAUGUCGAAUUCAUAUCGAAACACAGAUUUGUGAUUAAAAAGUGCCACGAUGUUCAAUUAGUUAAAUAUUUAAAGAAUAAAACUGAUAAUAAAGAUUUGAAAAAAAAACGAGUAAUAUUUAUGAAAAAUUUAUUUUUAAGUAAAGCGUUAUUUUAUUUUUAAUGUAAUCCUUAAAAUCGCAGAGCCUAUUGAUGGAUAAUGAUGUUUUUUAUGAGACUGAUAAUGAAUAUUGAGAGUGUCGUGCACACGCGACUAGAAAUAUGUGAGUGUCUCUAGGCUCGUAGGAAGUAAAGUGCGGUUUUUUUUUAUCUAUAGGCAAAUAAUUAUGUAAACGAUUUCGGGUUUUUGUGUACGUAAUUCGAUAUGUGCAUAUGCGUAUUUGUCCCCUAAAUCGUUAAGUGUGUUUCUCCAAUAUAAAAUGUUCUAAACAUAAAUAAUUAUAAAUUAGGGAUUAGACUUUGUUGCGUAAUUUUGAGCUUGCAUUUUUCUCUUUAUUUUAGAUGACCGGGGGGCGGGGUAUUAGUAUUUUCAUAUAUAAUAAAUUCAUACUAGUUGUAUUUGUAACCAUGUGAUUGAUAUCAAUAAUAAAUUUUGUAAACGUUAAAACGUGUAGUGUACUGUUUAUUUUUGUUUAUUAUUAUUAAUAUUAUUAUUAUAAUUAUAAAUACCUAUUGGUUUUUUUUUUUCGAGAAAUUGGUGAAUUAAAUUUAUUCUGAUGUAUGCACAACGUAAGUAAUGUUAGUCGGGUGUGUUCAUGUGUUCAACUAAAAAUAUUUACGUUACAAUGUUGUGUACGCCUUGAACAACACUUUUAACCACUACCCCCUACCACGUCUGGUUACCCGGUAUAUUCUGCUUAUAUUCGAGCACUACAUAUAGUGUGUACUUAUUCAUGUUAAAAUAUUUUGUUGAAAUAUAUAAGAUACGUUACCAAAUUAACCAAGUGAUUUCUUUACCAUCUAUUAUUUUUCAUGUUUCGUUAAAUGUUUCAUAUGUAUCAAUAUAUCGCAAAUUGUAUUUCCUAUUAAAAAUAGUACUGUCUUAUUUAAUCAUGUCGUUUGUAAUAGAAAUUGUAGCGAACGUUCAAAUUAUAAUAGAGGGUCUGCGAAGGUGUGAUAAUUUCAAUACCACGAUCCCAGUAAUAACAAUAUGUUCUCAUGAACCAGCAGUCAUUACAAGCAAAGAAAAGACUAAACAAUAUUAAGUAUUUGAUAUGAUAGAUAUUCGUUUAUUAACAGAAUACAUUUAUUUAUAUAUAAAAUAUCUAAACUAGUCCAGUUCUUAAACCUUACUUAUCCAACAGACAAUCAUAGUGUUUGUUGAUAGUUUGACAAUAAUAAUAAUAACAAUUAAAUAAAUCAUUUAAAAAAAAAAUAUAUUAAAAAAAAUACUCGGUUACUAACUUUUACUGACCAAAAUGCAUAGGGGUUUAACAUAUCUGUUAUAUUAUUAUUAUUAUUAUAAAUCCAAUAAAAAUAAUAUGUUAUCCGCUUCCGUGUAUUUUAUUCGUCAGUAUAGUAUGACUAUAAUUUGUUCUCAAUGUGAUUUUGCCGGUUAGACUGAAAAUUUUUUUAUUUUCUCGUUGGGUUUUGUACAAACAAUAAUAUUAUUAUUUAUUAUGUAUGUGUGCUGUGAGUGGUUACUACGAUUUGUGAAAAUAAAAAAAUAAAAUAUUUUCCAAUUAAAAUCUCAUAUCUUAUAAAUUAUUUUUUUUUAAUAAUAUGUAACAAAAUAAAUAUUUCGGGAUGUUUCCACUAUAUUAUAAUGAAUAGCACAUUUUUAUGUUCAGGGGUAAUUGAAGUUUUCGUCUUGUUUUGCUCAAAAGUAAUAGGUCUCUGCGCACUAUGAUUUCCAUUUUAGUGAUUUUUGCAAAUCUGUUAUUAAUCAAUUAUUUUGCUGCGGAUACAGUUAACCAAAAAAAAAAAAAAAAUAAUAAUAAUAUAAAUAAUGAUAAACAGGGUUAAUGUUAUACCAAUUUUAAAAAUUUUCUUCUCGCUUUAUUCGCCGUAUUAUUAUUAUAAUUAUAAUUAUUAUAAAAACAAAAAUUGUUUCAUAUUUUUUUUUUCGUGAGUAUUGAUGUUGGCAAAAUGAAAAAAUAAAACUACUGUAAAAUAAAAAAAUAAUUAUAAUACAUACAAAUAUAAUACAUAAAAAAAAAUAGAAGCUCAAUCCGCGCAAAGGUACAUUUUCCCUUACAACACCAAAUAAUUAAAAAAAAUAUAUAUAAAAAAAUAACCGUUGUGAUAUCAAUAUAUUAUAAUAUUGUAUGGAUAUCGAUAUGAUAUAUAUUUAUCUAUGAUAAUUUGUAUUAUUGUAUCGAUAUAAAUAUCGUAAUAUACAUAUAUUUAUAUGAAUUAUAUAUUAUUCGUGUAAUAUGGCGAUGCUUGAUGUUCCGUUUUCCCGACUGGUCAUUUUUUAACACGAUUUUUGAUUUUUCAUGGUGUCUAUAUAUAUAUUAAAUUUUAUGGUAUAUUGAAAGUUGACCGCAUGGUCCGUUUUGAUAUCAGUAAUACGCGUGCAACCGAUACUUAUAGGAUUUAUUGACGGUAUUAUUGAGAACCGAUACCUAGGCUUAAUAUUAUAAUAUAUCAAAUCAAUGUGCUAAUGAUGUAUGUAGAUUGUAGACAUCACAUUCGCUCCCUAGCCGCCAUCAACCCUAGCCUGUCUUCCUUAAAAUGUGUUUCUACAUAUAGAAGUGUGCGUUUCGAACCUCCAGACGUUAACAAAUAAAAUAUGUGCCUUAUCACAAACGUAUAGUAACAAAAUAUUUUGUGUACCUACCUAUUCUUCUGCUCUCUAAAAACUGUUGUCGUAAUAAAAUAUGGAUUUCCGAUUUGAUAUAGGUAUAUAAUAAUUAAUAUUACAUUAUUACCCGUAUCACAAUGUUAUUUUAUCGGUAUUUUGUGUAAUUCAUUGUUCGUGAAACAUCUUUUUAUAUACUAUAUAGUAUAUACAUCGUAAUAUCGUAUUAUAUGUGUAUGUUUGUGUACAUAGUAUAUACUAAAGGACCAAAAACCUAAAUCUUUGGGUUUUGACGCGUGAAAACGUAUUUUGUUUGUUUUUUGUUUUUGCCAACGCCGAUUUUCAUAAAAAAAAUAUAUUUAAAAAAAAAAAUUAGUCGAUUUAUUUUAAUUUUCGUGUGUGCCGCUAGUUUUAUUUUACACAAUAUAUUUAAAUAACUCUAGUCAUGCCUAGUGGUAAAUAUAUAUCGUAUUAUAUUAUAACAUAUUAUACUUGGGAGAAAAAAAACAUCGUUGACCUAUGUUUAUUUAUUUUAUUUUAUUUUUUAAUCUUAUAAUAAUUGUAAUGUAUUAUAAAAAUUAGUUAAGAAUAUAUUAUUAUUAUUAUUAUUAUUAUUAUUAUUAUACAUAUAUAUAUAUAUAUAUUUAUGUAUGGAUAAUAUAUCUAAAUUGGUCACAUAACAUACUUAGAAAUUAAUAAUUAAAUUGAAAUGUUUUAACUUUUAAAUCGUAUUAAUUUAUAUAAUAAUAUAUACCUAGACGGUGAUGGAAACUUAUUGACCAUUAUAUUAUUUAAUAGUUUAUAUUUCUGCUUUGAGAAAUAAAAUAAGAAACCGCCUAAAACCUAACUUGGACGUCUUUUUUAUUUUUUUUAUUAUAUAUAUUAUAUAAUAAAUAAAUAAAAAUUUAAAAAAAAAACGAGUAUCGGAGACUUAAAUUUAACGAAAUCUCAAUGUUCACUGCAUUAUCAAAUGGAUUUGCCUUAUAUCGUAUGUUUUAUAAGAAAAUACAUAUUUUAUGGCAUUUUGACCCAUUUAAUAUUUGUUUAAUUUUUUUUUUUAAGUGACUAAGUGGCCUUUUAGUGGUAUUUUUUUUUGUUUUAUUUAAGAUGAGACGUAUAUAUUAUACAUAAUAUAUAUAUAUAUAUAUAUAAAUUUAAUUAUUAUAAAUUUUAAAUGUAUUACCAUGUAAUCGAGUGAUAAUAAUUGCAAUUUUUUUAACCAACUAAUAAUUUUUGUACCUGGCUGUUAAAGAUUUCUGAUCGAAUUUUCUCUUAAAUAUCUUAUGGGCGCGAAAUGAACCUAUAAAAACAACGUACACAUUGUUUUCCUUUCUAUUUGUGGUUUUAAAAUUAACUAUGCAAUUAUUAUGUAAUGGUUUGUAUCUAUUAUAGCUAAGACCAAAAUUAGAAUGGAAACAUAUACAUUUACGUAUAAAUUUAUUAAUAUAUAUUAUAUAUAAUAUAUAUUACAACUUAAUUAUUAAUAAUGUUUAAGAAUUAUAUUUAAUGAUAAUAAAUAUUAUGUAUUUAAUAAACUAUUGAGAAAACAUUAAUUUUUAGUAGCUGUUGUACGUGCAAUAUAGGUAUAUUGCUUUCUCUCUUGGUUAUAAUAAAAUGAUAUUUAUCUUAGCAAAUAUUAUUAACCCAUUUUGAUUGUUUUGUAAUUAUUCGUAAUUCAAUAAAGGUUGUAAUUAAUUA